AUGGCUGACGAGGCAACCAAGGCAAAGCUCCGCGCCAAGUUCGAGAAGCUCGGCCCUGCUGAUUUCCAGGCCGCUGCCGGCAACAAGGACGCCCUCGCUGAGAAGGUUGCCUCUGCCUACGGUAUCUCCAAGGAGGAGGCCCUCAAGCAAGUCGAGGAGGCUUUCUCCUCUUAG